GCCGAAGCCGCCAUCCGCUGGUGGGAAGCCUUCAACCGUAAAAGAAGCGAGAAAUCGAAGCAGGUUGCCCAGGAUUUCCUCCAACAAGUCGAAAAGAAUCAGAUUGCGGAGUUCCCUUGGCCACCGGACCCUAACGACUGCGGACCAUACGAAUUUAUCCGCCAGUACCUGAAAGAUGUCGAAUUUCAAGAAAAUAGACCUGAGUUAGCAAAGAAAUUUCUAGAACAAGUCAAGAGCAGCUGGGGUUAUGAUGUCGACUGCUGUCCUCCUCGUUGGGUUCCCACUUCUUAUUUCCAACAAAUAGACGUUGAAACGAUGAUGUCGAAAUAUCCGGAUUAUAAUGAGUCUCUGAACUCUGCAGCAGAUUCUGUAAUUAGCGAAAUCAAUACUGUGGCUGAGGCCAAG